AAAAAAAAAAAAAAAGAGCAAAAACCCGCACCCAAAAAAGGGACGCCCUUAUUUUUCAAAUUUUCCCAACCUUUUUUUUUUAUCGACUAUGAGAAUGCGCUACUUGGCCUGUUGUUGGCCACUGGUCAUUCUCUUGCUUUUUGCAUCCACUGUUCUCGGCCACAGCGUGAACAACCGAAGAAUCAAGCGAGUCGAACCCCUGACACAGAUUCAUCUCGACAUUGCACCUCGACCUGAAAGUUUCUUUGAGAAACGAAGCCUCACACGAAACCCUUCACACGUUCCAGGCGUUCAAAGUAUUCAAUACGACGAUAUCCUUAGACUGGCCGUACCGGCUUUCAACCGGACUUUUUAUUUGCACUUGGCGCCUAACCUCGACCUGUUUCACCCCAACGCCGUAUUAACCCAUGACGGUGCAGAAUAUCCUCUUCAGCACCACCAAUUUAGAAUUUAUAAAGGCGUCACCGUUGAAGCACCCUAUUCCGAUGCUCGAUGGGUCGCCGAUAAAGCCGGCGUGCGGCGGGACGAUACCGAAGACGACGAAGGGGUGACGGGAUGGGCACGAAUGAUCAUUCGCCAUGAUAUCAAACAUGAACUUGAUUAUCCCCUGAUAGAAGGGUCAUUCCAAGUCUAUGAUGACAUUUACCAAAUCAAAGCGGUUUCUAAUUAUAAACUUACGAAACGUGCUGAUGACGCCGAAUUCAAUGCCGGAAAUGGUGUCCAUCUACUAAUUUACCGAGACUCUGAUAUGGUGCAUGUCCCUCUUGUGCAACGUGACGGGUCGGUGGAACCUGCGCCUCAAUGCGCACAAGAUCGUUUGUUUCAGCCCCACAUGCCUGUCAAGCGACAAGCCAAAUUACGGCUUGGCCACGCCUUGGGCAACGGACUCGGUUACUAUGCCCCUGACGAUCCCUUUGAUGUCAAUGUUUUCAAACCUCAUACCACUGCCGGUCUUGCCAAACGAGCACCCGCCGGAUGCCCUACCACCAAAAAGAUUGUCUACAUGGGUGCCGCCGCCGAUUGUACCUAUACCAAGUUUUACAAAUCCACUGACAACGCCAGAAUGCAGAUCAUCAACGAUUGGAAUCAAGCUUCCCAGGUGUACGAAAAAAGUUUCAAUGUGAUGCUCGGCUUGAUUAAUAUCACCAUCCAAAACGAAUCCUGUCCUCCCAGCCCUCCCUCCAGCGCAGCUUGGAAUCGUCCUUGCUCCGAGUCUUAUCCGAUCGAAAACCGAUUGAGCGAUUUCAGUCUUUGGCGCUCUAGAAUGUCCGACGAUGGCGCCGGUCUCUGGCACUUGAUGACUAGUUGCGCUACGAAUGUUGAAGUCGGUGUCGCGUGGACGGAUCAGUUGUGCACGGUGGAUGCAUCAAAGCAACCUAGUAAAACCGGUGGCACAGAGUAUGUCUCGGGAACAGGCGUUUCAUCGAUCAUUCCGGACGAGUGGAAAGUCGUAGCACAUGAAAUUGGCCAUGGAUUUGGUGCGAUGCAUGAUUGUAAUUCUCAGCUUUGUUCAUGUCAGGGCUCAACUCAGUGUAAAUGUUGCCCGUUGAGUGCCAACCAAUGUGAUGCCGGGGGCGCCUACCUUAUGAACCCUUCCAGCAAUGCUUCAGCAAAUGCGUUCAGCGAAUGCUCCAUCAACACCAUUUGUUCCAGUCUAGCCGGAAAAUCCUGCUUGGAAGAUCCUGGUCAACGAAAAAUUCAAACGAAACAAAUGUGUGGUAAUGGUAUCAAGGAAGACGGCGAAGAUUGCGAUACCCAAGGUCGCGAUACGGACUGCUGUGACGGCAAAACCUGCAAGUACAAGCCCAACGCAAAGUGCGAUGAUUACAAUGAUCUGUGCUGUGACAAGUGUCAGAUUCGCCCGUCUUCGUAUGUGUGCCGACCCGCGGCGAGCGAAUGUGAUCUUGAGGAAAAGUGUCCCGGCGACUCUGGUGUGUGUCCUCCCGACAAGUACAAAGACGACACCAGUUCCUGCGGUAAUGGAAUGCAGUGUGCGUCUGGCCAAUGUACUUCCCGCGAUCAACAGUGUCGAGCUCGAGGUGUGUCCAUGAACGUCACACGCGCUUGCUCCGCUGCCAGUGGCAGCUGCGUCUUGACGUGUGCUUACAACGGUGGAUUGGGUACUUGUUUGCAGUUCAACGGCUAUUUCUUGGACGGUACAUCGUGCGGCAUCGGUGGCACGUGUAAAAAUGGUCACUGUGAUUUACAAAAUUUCGGUAGCAAUGUCAAGAACUGGUUCGAUCAACACAAGGAGAUUGUGAUCCCUGUAGCAAUUGUGGUGGGGUUGUUGUUGUUAUUCUGCUUUUUCCGUUGCUGUUGCUACUACCGAGGCGGCUAUCGUAAUCUUCGUGAUAAGGAUGCUUACAUUGUCACCACGGCCCCUGCAGGCCCCGGUUACAACAUGCCUUACUAUCCGCCUCCAGGUCAGGUGCCGUAUCCUCCGCCAGGUCAAAUGCCGUAUCCACCGCCCCCGCCACCGAAUGGAUGGGUGGAUCCAGCCGCUUACAACGGUCCUCCUACUCCUGCCGUUCCACCCCCCUCCUAUACACCUUCCCGAGGUCAAGCUUACGAAAUGAACCCAGCCGAUACUUGGCAAUCUCGAAGUGCUUCGCCACAACCACCCCCCCAAAAUCAGCAUAGAGAAGGUGUUAUCUAGUUAGCCAUUUCUAUUGCUUUUUUCCCUUUCCUGUUCGCUUUCCCUCCUUGUCCUUGUUUUUUUAUUAUGUCAGUGUAUGUAUUUUUUCUUCAUCUAUCUGCAUUAUAGAUCCCUAUACCUUUGUUUCUUUCUUCCCUCCCUUGGAGAAUACCAUUUAAAAUUUUUGGUUCCCUGCUGUCAUUAUAAAAAAAAAAAUUGGGAUGCAUUUGCCAAGAAAGAAUGCGCUCACUCUCCACAAUUCUUAUAUUUUUGG